UCUAAUUAACCGAAACUAAAAGCAGCAUGUCUUUGUGCGGGCUCGCCGUGCAGCACUGGAGCGAGCAAGAGGCCGCAGAACCCACGACGCGUCCAGCCGCAUGUGCAUCCAUCGAUCCACCCCCGCGCCGUGCCUCCGACCGCGCCAGCGCCCAUGUCAUGACGACGCUCCGACGGCGCGCCGACCCCUCGCACUCCCCGCCGCCUCCCCUCCUCUCCCGCCUCCGCUCCGCGGCCUCCAAUCUUCUGACGCGGCAGUACAGCACGAAGAAGAAAUACGACGGCACUGGUAGGCGGAACUGUGGCUCCUUUUCCGCACCGCCAAGGCCACUCAGGCCAGGAUUUGUGGAUCCUUCAUGGUGGAGAUAUUUUGACUCGAGGGCUGUUGGCAUAUCCCUCGAUGCUAUACCCAAGGAUGCAUGGGCGGUUCUAAGAAAGCUCAAACAAAAUGGUUUUGACUCUUAUCUUGUUGGGGGAUGUGUGAGAGAUUUGCUACUGAAAAGGGUACCUAAAGAUUUUGAUGUGAUUACUACUGCAAGUCUCAAAUAGAUUAAGAAAAAUAUAUUCAGAAGAUGUAUGAUUAUAGGUAGACAAUUUCCAAUAUGUCUGCUUAAAAUGCGUGACUCAGUAAUUGAGGUUUCAAGCUUUAGUAUGAUUGGUAAUUAUGUGAAUAGAAAUGAAGAGGUGGAUUUUCUGGAAGAGUUGAAUGGCUAUGGAGGAGAUAUUCUUCGCUGGAAGAAUUCUAUGAGAAGAGACUUCACAAUAAACGGUUUAUUCUUUAACCCAAUGAACUACAAAAUUUAUGAUUACGUGAAUGGAGUAAGGGAUAUGAGGAAAAACAAAGUGUGUACAGUGAUUCCUGCCCAUAUUUCUUUCAUGGAGGACCCUGCCAGGAUUUUACGUGGCUUGAGAAUUGCUGCUCGCCUUGGUUUGCAGUUUUCCAGUGUAACUUCUUCUGUGAUACGAGAUCUUUCUUCUUCUAUAAUUAGUAUUGACAAGCAGAGCCUUCUAUUAGGUUACUUAGAAAAUAUGGACUGCUCGAUAUUUUACUGCCUUUCCAGAAACUAUUGGAUAAUCUUGAUAAAUUACUCUCUGCUGACCAGCCAUGCCACUGCUCUUUGUGGAAACGAUGAGUACUAGGCAUGCUAACAAGCUGAACCAGCAAUCUAACUGAUUUGGCUUUAACUGAACUGGUUGAUAUAGUGACUCCUUUAUUUCUGAAAUCUUACUCUUGAUUUCUAGUGAUGCCGACUAAGCCAUUUUAUUUGUAUUGUUAGGGACUGUUCUAGUCAAUAUGGAUAUGUAUUGUGUAGUCCAGUGGUUGUUCUGACUCCUGUCAUCACCUCAUGUUCAUAUAGUCAACAGUAUCUGCUUGAUUUCUAGAUCACAAUAUUAGAAGAUAUGCAUGGUUUUGAGUAGUAUCAGAUUUCUUGUCCUUAUGUUUCUGUGAAAAUGCUUGUGUAU